CUCCAGUCCACUUUUUAAAGCCACCCCAGUGCCUCUGCCUCCAGAUCUCGACCCCAUGCUGACUAUUCCCAUUCAUACUUCCCUUGCAUCUCUUCCCCUGGCUAUUUACGCGAUGGAGAUACCUCACAUCUUCUAGACAAUUUAAUCAAACCACCACGACCACGGUAGAUGGAGAAUUGGGACUGCUCCAUUGUACGCCUGUCGUCGUCAUGGCCACCACCCAUCACUCAGACACACGACGCGUUUCCACUCAGCCAGGUCUCGUCAUGACACCAACUUCUACAGCCAUCUCACCAGGCGAGUCCACCAAUCUACCAGAUUACGAAACCCCCAAGCCUAAGCGCCGGAAGAUCAAACUUGCAUGUCGAGCUUGUCGAAAACGCAAAACUCGUUGCGACGGAACCCUCCCGGUCUGUCGCGCCUGUACUGGUCGAGGUGUCGGAUCCACUUGUGUCUACGUUAAUGUCGCUGACGAUGAGAUAAUCACCAUUGAUGAUCCAGCCUCUCAAUCUAGGCCAGCGCAAGCAAAGUCCUAUUCUGCUCAGCCUUCGAAUCCCUCUUUUACUCCAGAUACCAAAAGCAAUGGCUCUCCACCGAUCCCUUCAGACCCGGUGCGGCCCGUAGAACAUAGUGGCCAGCUUCCAUAUGCACCACGACUUCCCCGACACGAUGAUGCUCAUCAAGUCGAUGCACUCGCCACAGUCACCACCACCUCCGAAGAUCUUCUAGUCUAUGGAGGUUCAUCAACGAUUGCCUUUGUUCGUAGCUUCACUCACGGCACCAAUGAACGAUCGAAUGAGUCGAGCAUCACUGACCAAGCCACUCGACCAAGCGGACCAAGCGGACCAAGCGGACAUCGCUUUCAAGCCGAUCGACCCAUCACUGCCCAACCAGUUCCCAUGCUUGAGAGAGAUGCCAGGGCAUUCUUACUACCUCCUCGCAAGACUGCCAACGAGUACGUCCAAUGUUUCUGGGAAUUCAUUCACCCGCUUUUUCCCGUCCUCCAUAAAACCUCUUUCAUGGAAAAGUACGCCCAACUAUGGUCGAGCGAGGAUGCAAAAGGUAUGGAUGGUGAUUUGUCCGAUGUCAACGAGGUCAUAUUUGCCUCCACAUUGAAUCUGGUGUUCUCCAUUGGAUGCCAAUUCAGUCAUUCGGUAGCCCCUCAGCACAAAGUCGCGAUUGCCGACGAUUUUUAUCAACGAUCACGCAAAAUCUUUGUCUACGACAUGCUUGAUUCCAUCUCCGUCUCACUGGUGCAGAUGCUGGUUCUCACCGGUGUCUAUUUGCAAUCCACCCAGUAUGCCAGCAGAUGCUGGAAUGUCAUUGGUCUGGCCAUUCGAACUGCCCAGAGUCUAGGUCUACAUCUUGACAUGACCAAAACAAGAUCCGAGAGCCAAGUCAACAGAGAGAUGCGGCGAAGGAUCUGGCAUUCUUGCGUCGUGAUGGACAAGUUGGUGUCGAUGACCUUUGGACGACCGACCAUGGUGUCCAAGAACUGGGAUGUGCCUUUGCCAGCCCUCAUUGACGACGAGUACCUGCGCUCUCAUGGUGAAGGCGAACAGCCAAGCCAUAUUCCAUCUCGACUAGCCCUGCUCAUAUCAUCCUCGAAGCUCUUCAGCAUCCUAGACGAGAUUCUGAAUUUCUUCUACGCCGAACAUCUCGGUAACGAUCUGGAAGAAAAAGCCGAGGAUGAGGUCCGAGUCCGGGAAAUGAUCUCAAAGGUCCUUGUCCUGAAUCGUCGGCUCGAAGAGUUCGCCGAUAACGUGCCGGACUAUGUCCGCGGUGCAAUCCUCGCCUGCCGCGCUCCCAAAGAGCAGAAUACGAGUGUGCAAAUUCAGGAGCAAGUCCUAUACUGCAGAUUUCUAUACACACGGGUUCUCCUAUUACGACCUCUCCUUUUGGUCGCCACUAAACGUCGGUCAACGGUAGAACCUGCUGCACUCAAGCCGAGUUCACUAGAUGUAGAUAUUGUCAAGAGUUGCUGCAACCUCUGUAUCAAGACAGCACAAUACCUGAUUGAAUGUCUGCAUCAACAUCUGGACACCACCUACCGAAGCUCUGGGUGGCAUUCGGUCUACUUCACCUUUGCGGCCGCCACCAUCCUUCUUGCCGGGCUGAAUUGUCCCCUGGUAGACGAAGACAUCAUCAUGCCAUCUUUUGAAAUCAAUUGGCAUCGAUGCCUGUCCAUCAUGGAACAUUAUAAACAGCAGAUCCAAUCAGCCCCGCGAGCCAUCCAGGUGUUGAAAUCGUUGCGCGAGCAACUCGCCGGUUCCCGCUCACAACCUCGGCAGCCAACCAAUUUCAGCUUAGACCCGAUGCAGGUCAACAAUCAUACAUAUAUGGAUUUCAGUCAAUUCAACCCUCAUGGAACUGACUUCCUCGAUGACGCCUGGUACAGUCAGCAUCUGGUCAACUUGGAUUGGCUGGAGCUGUGCUAAAUAUUCUUGGGCUUUGAGAUAAUGCGAAAUGCGACGAAUUAAUAAGAGUGGGAGGAAGGAUAUUGUAAUAUCACGUCUAUAUAUCUACUUGGGCUCAGUGAUGUGACUCUUUCUCACGUGUCUAAGCUCCUCCGACACGGAGUCAUAAAGUGGUGUAAAUAUGUAUAAUCCGG